ACUGUGAUAAUUAUUUGCCAAGAAUGGGAAGCACAGCACAUACGAACCAACUGUUUCCAGUUUCCCUCCUGUCUGUCAGAAUCAUAAAAGCCAACAUCAUCUCCAGAGAUACAUCUUCUGCAUCUGAUUGCUAUGUUACCUUGUACCUACCAACAGCAUCAUAUAAGAAAUUCAGAACACAAACCGUAAAGAGCUCUGAUAACCCAGUCUGGAAUGAGACAUUCUUCUUUAGAAUCCAAACUCGAAUCAAGAAUACUUUAGAGUUAGAGUUCUGUGAUGCUAAUCCUGCCACCAAGGAUGAAACACAAUUUACCGUUCUGUUUGACUUGGCAAAAGUCCAGCCUGGAGGAAGAGUCCUUGAGAUAUUCUCCUUAAAACCUGAGAAAGAAGACUGUUCUGGUAAUUAUGAAUCCCUAGAAGUGGAAUUCAAGUUGACAGAAAUUCUAGGACCUCCAGAACAGCUGAUUUCUAAUGGUGUCUUAGUGGCCCGUCAGCUGUCCAUCUUGGAUGUAAAGGUGAAUAGGGAAGACAAUGAGAAGCUUCUGAAUGCCAAGAAAAAUGUUGUGCUUACGGUGCAAGAGUCUUAUGAAGGAACACAGAAGACAGCUAAAGAUUUAGAUUCAUUCCGUUUUCAUUGCAUAAAAAGCUGGGAACCAGUACUAAAAGCGAAGCUUCAGAGUGUUUUAGCUGAACAGAAUGAUUCUGACUACACUUUAGUAGUGCCUUUGAGAUUAGUUCCAGUGGGACAGAAAGUCCAAGGAGAAGUUUUGGCAUUACAUCUCCACUUAACUGGGUGGUCACAGAACCUUGAUGUCCGUUUGGGAUUUGAUCUUUGUGCUGAUGAGCAGGAUUUUCUACAUAAAAGGAAGAAGGUGGUUGCUGAUGCCUUGAAGAAGCUUUUUCAUUUGGGAGAGGAUUUACUUGAGCAUGAGGUUCCGGUGGUAGCUGUUAUGGCAACAGGGGGUGGAAUCAGAGCUAUGACUGCACUUUAUGGUCAUCUCUUAGCACUCCAGAAACUGAACCUUUUGGACUGUAUUUCAUAUAUUACCACUGCUUCUGGAUCAACAUGGACUUUGACCGACUUGUACAAGAAUGCUGACUGGUCACAAACAAGUUUGGAAGAACCCAUCAAGCAAAUUAAAAGUCAGAUAAUGAAGACCAAAGAGGCUAUAGUUUCUAUUGAAAAACUGAAAUAUUAUCACAAGGAGUUGGUUGAGAGAGUUGAAAUGGGACAUCUUCCAUCUUUUACUGCUCUCUGGGCCCUUGUUCAGGAAGCUGUCCUACAUGAUAAACCAAAUGACUGCAAACUCUCAGAACAACGCCCAGCUUUGAAUAGGGGCCAGAACCCUUUUCCUAUCUAUACAGCCAUCAAUGUGAAAGACAGACAUAUCAGCACCUUUAACUUCAGAGAAUGGGUGGAUUUCAAUCCUUAUGAAGUUGGGUUCCCAAAAUAUGGAGCAUACAUUCGUACAGAAAAUUUUGAUAGUGAAUUUUUCAUGGGAAAGGUGGUGAAGAAGAUUCCAGAAUCUCGGGUUUGUUAUCUGGAAGGUAUCUGGACUAAUAUUUUUUCUCGAAAUCUACUGGAUGGUUUAUAUUGGUCCUCAACACCAGCAGAAUUUUGGGAACGAUGGGUCAAGGACAUGACAGAUAAAAGAAUGGCCAUAGAUGGCAAGUCAGCAGGAGCUGGAAAUAGGCACCUGGCUUCACUGCAACCAUUUGGGCACAACUUGGAAAAGUUACUUGCUUCGAUUUCACAUAAGGUUUAUUCAAGUGAUGGCUACACCACAGUCUACAAGCCUCCAAGUUCUGCAGCUGGAAAACUCUGUGAAAUCUUUAACGAUAUUUUAACUGAUCGCCCUCUAAAAGGGGCAACUCACAACUUUCUGAGGAGCCUUGACUUAGACAAUGACUAUUUACAACAUAAUGAAUUUAGGCAAUGGAAAGAUACUGUGUUAGAUAUGUCUCCUAGCAAAUUGACACCUGUGGAGAAAACUCUUUGCUUAAUAGACAUUGGCUAUUUUAUUAACAACAGUGGCCCACCACUUCUGAAGCCAGAAAGAAGUGUGGAUGUCAUCAUUGCAUUGGAUUAUGACAUGGGUGUACCUUUCAAGCAAGCAGAGAUGUUGGCUAAGUACUGUGAAGUGCAAGGUAUCCCUUUUCCCAAGAUUGAGCCAAGUGAAGAAGAUAGGCGGAAUCCUAAGGAGUGCUAUGUGUUCUCAGAUGAAGAUAAUCCCAAAGCUCCAAUAGUACUUUGCUUUCCACUGAUAUGCCACACCUUCAAGGACUACAAGGCGCCAGGGAUAAAACGCACGCCUUCAGAAAUGAAAGGAGGUGAAAUGAACAUGGACAAAAUGAGCUCGCCCUAUGCAACCAUCCAUAUAACCUAUUCUGAGGAUGAUUUUGACAAACUACUGAACCUCAGCAGCUACAAUAUCCUCUGUAGCAAAGACUUCAUCUUUCAGGCCAUCCAAUAUGCAAUGGAAAAGAAGCGAAACAUCUGGCCCAGACGUUUAAACACCAGUUCAUCCUAGAAAAUAAUUUUGACUGCUGGAAGAUGGGUGGGUGCAAGGGUGGGUGGCUCCAGCACAUACAUUAUUGGAAGCAGUCCUAAUC